GCUCGGCUCAGGCCCGCGCGCGCACGCGACGUCGACCCCACUAGCCCCCCAGCGCCGGUUGGCCGCCAUCGUGGAGAGCAGGAGGGGGCGGGAAAUAAACACAAGCGCCAGCCAGGAUCGUGACAAUCAGUCAAACUUCUCCCCGUGCUCGGUAUCCCCACUUGUGGUAAAGCACCAACCAGUGGCAAGGAUGUGUUUGCGGACUUUAAAUUCGGACAUGAUCUGAUUUGCAGCAGCAACAGCAGCAGCAACAACUCACAGCAAAGAUCAGAUUCCCAGCGGAAAGUUGCAGGCGUUCGCCAAAAAGGGACGGGGAAUGCAGCGCUCCAGUCUCAGGGAUUGCAAGGCUUGGCAGGAUGCAGGACUUCCCCUCUCCACAACCAGCAACGAGGCCUGCAAAUUAUACGAUGCUUUUCUAACUCAGUGGAUCAGUUGGACCAACGAUGCAAGUCUCGGAGGGAUUGAGGGUUGUCAGUCUCGGCUAAAGGCCGCUGAUCCAGACUUUGUGAUGGGGCAUGUCAUCAUCAACGGGCUGGAGCUGAUUGGCACAGGGCGGUCGGUUGUGCUGGAUAAGGACCUGGCUGCCUCGAUCAAGAGGAUGGCUGAACUCUCAAAGACACAAGAGGUCACCGAGCGGGAACGUUUACAUGUCAGAGCGCUGGAGAUGUUUGCAAAGGGGUCUCUUCCAAAAGCAUGUGAUAUCUGGGAACAGAUCCUUCUGGACAACCCAACUGAUCUGCUGGCGUUGAAAUUAGCGCACGACUCCUACUUCUAUCUGGGAUUCCAGCCACAACUGAGAGACUCUAUUGCUCGAGUCCUUCCACACUGGACCCCAACAAUCCCGCUAUACGGUUACUUGAAAGGCAUGUAUUCGUUUGGACUGGUGGAGACAAACUUUUAUGAUCUGGCAGAAAAAACAGCAACAGAGAGCUUGGCUUUGAACCCAGCCGAUGCCUGGUCUGUUCACUCCCUGGCGCACAUACACGAGAUGCGUGCAGACGUGGAGGCUGGACUAACGUUUAUGAAGCAGACGGAGAAGAACUGGAUGAACUCUGACAUGCUUGCCUGUCAUAAUUACUGGCACUGGGCCCUCUACCACAUUGAAAAGGGGGAAUAUGAAGCUGCGCUCACCAUCUACGAUGAUUACAUUUACAAAAGGUGCUUCUCGGUUGGAGCAAUGCUGGAUUUAGUGGAUGCAUCCUCCAUGCUGUUUCGUCUCCAAAUGGAAGGUGUUAAUAUUGGUGAUCGCUGGAAAGAAGUUGUCAAAGUUACAACGAAUCACUCCAAGGAUCACAUUCUCAUCUUCAACGAUGCCCACAUCCUGAUGUCCCUCUGUGGAGCGAAAGACACGGAGAUAGCAGCUCAGUUCAUGGCUUCACUGCAGGAACUCGCCCAAGCUCCUGGUGAGAAUUAUCAACACCAGCAUUUUCAGGAGCUGGGACUCCCGAUCUGCCAAGCCGUCGUGGAAUUUGCAAAUGGGAAUUACAGCCAGACUGUGGAUCUCUUGCAUCCAGUUCGUUACCAGAUCCAGAGGGUUGGUGGGAGUAAUGCACAGAGAGAUGUCUUUAACCUGUUGCUGAUCAAUGCUGCUUUAAAAUCGGACAACAAACUUCACCACAAGCUGGCUAGGUGCUUGCUGGUGGAACGCGACGGUAUGAGACCAAACUCUCUAAUGACCGAGAGACUGAUCCGCAAAGCCAUGUCGUUGCACAGUCUAGAGUGACUCGAGAUCAGACGCAUGCAACAUCAAUCUGAAUAGAUCCACUCAACACAAUCCAAACCUGUUAGUCACUAUUGAUUAUUAUUAGAAUAGAAAAUGCGAGAGGGGUUGUCAAAGUAGGGAAGGGAAAAGGAAGAAUGGGAGGGGGAAGUAAGGGGGAUUCCGGAGUGAAAUGUGGAUGAGGGCAGGAACGGGAACGGAACAUUGGGGAGGCAAAAAGAAGUGGAUGAUGUGGCCUGGUUUUGGUGGGGGGGUGGGGGUGGGUUGUAGAUGGGGUAGAAACAUGCUCUUCAGUUAAUCAAGUUGACACAGACCCCAUAGACCACCCUUUCACACUAGUUCCAUGUUAUCCCACUUUCUCAUCCACUCCCUGCGCACUAGCGGGGGCAAUUAACCUACAAGCCUGCACGUCUUUGGGAUGUGGGAGGAGGAAACCCACGCGGUCACGGGGAGAACGUGCAAACUCCACACAGACAGCACCCGAGGGCGGGAUCGAACACGGGCUCUGCCGGCUGUGCCACUGUGCCUCAAAGACAAAAAAAGUGCUGGAGAAACUCAGCGGGUGCAGCAGCAUCUAUGGAGCGGAGGAAAUAGGCAACGUUUCGGGCCGAAACCCUUUCGGGUUUCGGCCCGAAACGUUACCUAUUUCCUUCAGGGAAAGGAAAUAGGCUCUACCCGCUGUGCCACUGUGUGGUUCUUUUUGGAGUUUAUUGGGGAAUCCACUGGAAUGUGGUCUUGUUGUACUUUGUGCCUUAUUUUAUAACCAUAUAACCAUAUAACAAUUACAGCACGGAAACAGGCCAUCUCGGCCCUACAAGUCCAUGCCGAACAAAUUUUUUUCCCCUUAGUCCCACCUGCCUGCACUCGUACCAUAACCCUCCAUUCCCUUCUCAUCCAUAUGCCUAUCCAAUUUAUUUUUAAAUGAUACACCAAUGAACCUGCCUCCACCACUUCCACUGGGAGCUCAUUCCACACCGCCACCACUCUCUGCGUAAAGAAGUUCCCCCUCAUAUUACCCCUAAACUUCUGUCCCUUAAUUCUGAAGUCAUGUCCUCUUGUUUGAAUCUUCCCUAUUCUCAAAGGGAAAAGCUUGUCCACAUUUUACCAGUCUUUGCUCUUCUGAUUCCCAUUGCUCACGGGAACAAAGACCUGCCCAAUUCUGCAAUUUCUCAAUAAUGCAUGCGCAUGUUUUUUACUUGUCCCCUCUCAUUGCAGAUUCAGGUUUCAUUUACUUUUGCACAAUGUGUGUACUCGAUGUCUUUUUUUUUUUCCGUGCAGAUGCGAUAAUUGAAAAAGGCAAUCUUUAAAAAAAAAAUAAAGGAAUUCUACGCAAAG